CAAGAGGAAGCAGUGUCGCUCUGAAACGAACUCACAACAUAAUUUCAAUUGACCAGAACAGUUCCUUGACAGAAGCAGCUGGAGGUUGGGCAAGGAAUUCCUUGGAGAGAGGGAAUCCAUGGCAGAAAGGCUAUGAGCACUCCCUGACUGCCUCGGGGAGAAAACCAACCAUGGACCUGCGGAAUGUCCCCUACCGCUCCGACGUGCUCACCUGGGACCCAGAUGACUUGGCAGAAUAUUUCAGGACGCUAAAGUAUAAAGACUGUGAGAAAGUCGUGAGGAAGCACAGCAUAAAUGGACAAAGAUUUUUGAACAUGUCUGAAAAUGAUAUCCAGAAAUUUCCAAAGCUCAGAGUGCCAAUUGUAAGUAAAUUAAGCCAAGAAAUAAACAAAAAUGAAGGGAGGCUCUCUUUCCUUCCAAAAUGGGUCCAAACACAAAAAUCUCCAGAAAACACAGGGUACGCUCAGGAUGACGGUGGCUGGUCCUCGUUUGAUGAUGAUGAUGAUGAUGAUGACUACGAAAGCCCUGAUGAAGACCAAGAAAAGGAAGAUGAGGCUGACUAUGAAUCACCAACAGAGGAGCCUGAGGAAGCAGGACAUGACAGUGAUGGUUAUGAGCCACCUCCAACCAAUAAUGAUGAAGCACAUCACAAUGUCAUAUUUCCUGUCAAGUCACUUCCAAGCAGCACAGAUUAUAUAGACAGACCUUCAACAACCAGAUCACCACAUCAGCCUCCAGUACCUCCCCAGCGACCUGGCCCAGCCUCAUUUGGGGGAAGAAGUGUUACUCUGCCAGCUUUCCCUCCUCCACCAAGCAACAACGACUUGAGUAGAGACAGAAACAUGAAGCCUUUGAAACCCCCAGCUCCUUCUAUAGACAGAAGCACAAAACCCUCUCUGGAUCGUUUUGCUCCCCCAUAUGAAAGAGAAAGCCCAGGAUCAGGGAAGAAGCCAGGCAUUCCUGAAAAGCCUCUGGUUUCACAGCUCAGAUCCCUGGGAGAACAAUUAGCAAUGAUGCCAAAACCUCCUGUCCCACCAAGUGACAGAUAUGAAAGAGGCAAUCCACCUCCUCUAAGGAAGCAAAGCCCUGGAAAACAGAUUUGGCCACCACACAAGAAAAAUGAAGAAGAAGAAGACACUGCCCUCCAAAGACCAGUGCCACAGCUGUCUUUGCACCCAUAUAGCUCCAAUGCAUUCCCACCCAAAUCUGUCAAGCCUCCACCUAAGCCAGGAUCCAACAGCAUUCCUGCUGCAGAAAGUGCUAGAAACCUGUCUUCAACUGGCUCUCUACCACCACGCUUCCAUCCAGGCAGCAACAGCAGAUCUCCUUCAAGAGGCCCAGCUGACAUGAGACCUCCAUUGCCAGCUCCUAGCAGACAGACUGUUCACCAGACAAACACACAUGAGGAACAUGAGGGCUCUCUGAAGGAUGAGUGGUACGUGGCUUUUGUCAGCCGGCCCGAGGCAGAGACAGCGCUCCGCAGGAUAAACAAGGAUGGAACAUUCUUGGUGAGAGACAGCUCACGAAAAACUGUCACUCACCCAUAUGUACUGAUGGUGCUGUACAGAGAUAAAGUGUACAACAUCCAGAUCCGGUACCAGCAGCAGGACCACUUAUAUUUAUUAGGAACCAGCUUAAAAGGAAAAGAGGAAUUUUCUUCUGUAGCAGAUAUCAUUGACCACUUCCAAAGAACACCUCUUCUUCUGAUUGAUGGAAAAGACAGAGGCUCAAGAAACCAGUGCAUGUUAAAAUAUGCGGCAGGACAUGUUUAAAUGAAAUUUUAGAGAAGAUCACAUAUGGUACUGAACCCUACUGAAGUUUAUAAACUUCAAGAUAUUUCCCUUUUCAGCAAACUAAAAUCAUGAAGUCAUUAAAAUUCAUGGUUUCAAAGAAAAAGGACUAUGUUAUUUUUAAAUUAUGCCUUAAAUAGAGUGUUCUAGAAAUAUAAUUUUCCUACAAAGUGUUUAUUACUGUCCAUUAAUCAUACAGCACAUGAGAAUUUUUUAUCUUCCAAGAUAUGUAUAUCCUCUUGAAAUUAUUUCCACACCAAAUUUGAUGAACCAUAAAUAAAUAUCAGUACAAGUCUCUGCUUUCAUAGGAGCUCUUCUUUUGGAUCAGAAUGGCAACAGCAAUUUUGUUAUUUGAAGUGAAUACAGAGUAGACCCAAACAUUGUCAAAGGUGAGGAGCAGACAAGAUAAAAGCCCAUUUUUCCUCAAUAAAUAAAUCAAUCUACCUCUGCUCACUUCUACGAAAAGAUCAGCUGAGAUCUGAAAGACACAUGGGUUUCAGUGGCACCAAAACCCCUCCAACCCUCGAAAUGCAGGAUCCUGUCUGGGUUACUCAGCUGUGAAACUGUUUGUUCCCACUUUUGCAGGAAAACACCACACCCACAGACAGCACACCAUCUCUGCCACAGCACUGGGGAUUCCAUGCCUCAGCCCACAACUGGAACCUUCUACUUCCUAGAAUUCUCUAACCUCACUCAGAAAAAAGAUUUUCCCACACAGAUCUCUCUUCAGCUGUGUCUUUCUGACUGAAUCAAGCAACUGCAUUUUUACAGGGAGCACAUCAACAAAAAUUAUCAUCAUGUGAUCCUUAAGUGGCAGAACCCCCCCAAUCUCUUAGAAAGCACACAGUCAGGCCAAAUCUAGUUCCUCUUGCACAACUGCUUUCUGUUUUACUGGAUGUUUUAAAGAAAAAAAGGGACUCAGUUCAGAAAUACAAGUUGCAGCUGAGGAACACUGAAGCACCCCGUACCAAGAGUUUUCCCUCACCUCUGUUAAGUGGAAUUUAUCCAACCUUUUGCCUUGGGUUUUAAUUUACUCUGUGUUCUGAAAAGACCUUGGUUUGAUAAUUAUGACAUUAUCACACUUUUUCUCAUUUAAAGCUAUUGUGUCUGUAUCAGUUAAAACACUGGAACCAAAAUUCAAGGUAGAAAAUACCUUUC